AUGCGCCCGCCGGCGAAGGGAUCGCCGGGACCCGCCGGCGCGCCUCCAGCGGACGGGCCUGCGGAGACAGGCCCGUCGAGCCCCAGAGCGGAGCCAGUGGCGGCGACCGUGGCCCAGGCCUUGGCGGAGACUGCGGGCUUCGCUGCGCCCAUGCUCGCGAGCAGUGCGAUCGGCGCGACAGCCGUGAACGAAGAUGCUGCAGUUCGGGCGACGUCUGAGGAGCCUGGACAGGCAGCUGGCGUGGAGGCCGGGGGCGAGGGAAAGAAACUUUUUUCAGCGAGUGGCGACGCGAAUGCUCGAGAUCGAAGAGCCACGGACGCGUUUGAAGUCGAGGCCGAAGGAGAGCCCAGAGGCAAGGCGCAUACCGCAGAGCCCCGUGGGGACUACGCGCCUGUUUCAGGCGGAGAGGAAGGACAAAAGACAAGCACGUCUCUCCUCGCACCGUACACGUAUGCGACAAAAACCGACUUUCUGCUGCUGGUAGCUGGCAUCCUCUUCAGCAUCGGUGGCGGCUCGAUGAUGCCCAUUUUCAUGUCUCUAUUUGGAGAUAUGUUGAACGAACUUAACACCACGCUGGACAUGAACCACGUCUGCACACUCAUGGUUGCUGUUGCGGCUGCGUCCUUCGUCACGUCUUGGGCCUCCGCAUCGUGCUUUGAGUUCGUCGCAGAUCAGCAAGUGGCCCGAAUCAAACUCCGAUACUUUAGCUCUAUUCUUCGACAGGACAUGGCGUACUUCGACUUGAACGACGCUGGGACUCUCCCCACAAGGCUCGAGUCAAACACCGUCACAAUCCGCAACGCAAUCGGCAUCAAGCUCGGCAUGAUGAUCCAGUUCUCGACGGUGGCGAUUGGGGGACUUGUUCUAGGCUUCAUCCGCAGCUGGAAAUUGACGCUUGUCACUCUGUCUGGCCUCCCCAUCCUCGUGAUUCUCGGCGCCGUGCUGGGCCACUGUCUCGGCAGAGCGGAAAAAGAAACGAUGCCGAAAUACAAGGAGGCAGGCAGCCUGUGUGAAGAGGCGCUCCUCGGCAUCCGGACAGUUGUCGGACUGCGAGGCGAGGAAAGGACCGCCAACGAGUACAAGAAAAAGCUCUACGAAGCCGAGAAGGUCGGCGCGUACUGGAGCUUCUGGUCUUCUCUCUGCAUCGGCGCUCUCAUGGCAACGAUCUUUCUCCUCUUCUCCUUGGGGUUCUGGUACGGCGGAAAGAUGGUCGCGGACAGCGUUCAGGAAGCCCUAGGAGAUGAAGAUCCUCCCGACGAAGACAGCGAUCCGUCGGAGUGGCCGCAGCCGGCGUUCCGCGGCGGAGAUGCAAUCACUGUCUUCUUCGCCGUUAUUCAGGCCUGCUUCGCUGUCGGAAACAUCGUCCCAAGCAUCACUGCUUACUUGAAAGGCACUGCGGCGACUGCAGACAUGCUGGCGGUGAUUGAACGCAAGUCCCCGAUCGACCCGCUGAGCUCUGAAGGAAAAAGAGACGUGGCCCUACAGGCAGACAUCCGCUUCGAGAACGUCGUCUUUUCGUACCCUGCGCGAAAGGAGAAGAAAAUCUUCAAUGGGUUGAACCUGACUCUCCCCGCAGGCAAGACCAUUGCCCUCGUCGGCACUUCAGGCAGCGGCAAGUCGACAAUUGUCCAGAUGCUCCAACGCCUGUACGACCCUGACGAGGGGCGUAUCCUCAUCGGCGACACGCCUAUCAAGGACAUCAACAUUCAGUAUUUGCGUUCGCAACAGGGGAUUGUUAGCCAAGAAGCGAAGCUGUUCUCCAUCUCGAUCGGCGACAACAUCGCCCUCGGCGCAGACCACCCCGUCACGCAGGAGGAGAUCGAAGAGGCAGCCAAGAAGGCGAACGCCCACGAUUUCAUCUCGCAGUUCCCCGACGCGUAUCGAACAGACUGCGGCCUAUUCGGCGGUCAGCUAUCAGGGGGCCAGAAGCAGAGAAUUGUGAUUGCGCGAGCGAUGGUCCGGCAACCUCCCAUCUUGAUCUUUGAUGAAGCGACAUCUGCACUCGACACCGUCUCCGAGCGGGUCGUCCAGGAUGCCCUAGACAACUUGAUCAAGACGACGCAGGCGACGACGAUCAUCGUGGCCCACCGCCUGACCACGAUUCAGAACGCGGACCAAAUCAUCGUGCUCGACGGCCGCGCCGGCACGGGCUCCGAAGUGGUCCAGAUCGGGACGCACGCGUCACUGAUGGCGCAGCCGGAAGGCCUGUACUAUCAGCUGGUCCAGUCUCAGCUCGUGGGGCUGUCACGGGAAGUGGAGGAAGCGCAGGGCGCUCCGCCGCCUGCCUACGAGCGCGACUUGACCGGGGAGAUGAUCUCGCGCCACAUCUCUGCGCGGCUGUCCAUGUCUUCGAAGCGAAGCUUCGCGUCCGUCGUGCAGAAGGCCUCUUCCAAGAAGAGUCUCCGCGAGAUCGCAAGCAACCUUUCCGCGGGAAUGCAGGCAACGCCUCCGCCCGGGGCGUUCGCGGCCUUCCGGAAACGCGUCGCCAGUUUCCUCCAGCUGCGCAGUCUCUCGCUUCUCCGUCCGUGGUGGCCGUUCUGCAUCGGCGCACUUUUCGUGGCGAUCUGCUCGGGGGCCACGUACCCCGUCUUUGGCGUGAUCUUCUCAAAGUUCGUGAAGGUCUACUAUUUUCCAGAUCCCGAGAAAAUCCGAGACGAAUCUUCGUUCUGGAGCCUGAUUUUCAUCGCGCUCGCGGGGUGGCAGCUAGUCGUGGAAAGCUGCAAAUUCUUCGCGAUUGAAGUUAGCGGCUACAAACUCGUUUCUCUCCUUCGAGGCCAAACGUUCACCAACACCAUUCACCAGGAAGUUGGCUUUUUCGAUCGACAAGAAAACAAUGUCGGAUACCUCACGGGGGUUCUCUCCAGCGACGUUCUUCUUGUCAAGACAGGAAGUGCGGGCAACACGCUCGCCAUGACUCAAAGCCUGUCCGCUGUCGUCACCGGCAUCAUCAUCGCGUUCCUCGGAGACGCCCGCCUGGCUGCUGUCGUCCUCGCCUGCUUCGUUCUGAUCCUCCCCGCCACUGCUGCCCAGUCGCGCAUCUCAGCUCCGAAAAGUGACGGAGUCGACAAGAAAGCAGAGAAUGUGGAGGAUCGCGACACUGCAGCCUUCGUGAUGAGCGAAGCGCUCAACGGCAUUCGCAUCGUUUCCGCCUUUGGCCUGGAGCCGUAUUUCACCGAGAGAUACAGCAAUGUUCUCCUUAAAACGUUGAAAGAAGAAGAACGCUCUGCAAUCCUGCUCGGACUUUUCUGGGGCUUCAGCCAGGGAGCCCAGUACGCCGUGAAUGCGCUGAUCUUCUGGUACGGAGGCAAGCUGAUCGAGACCGAAGGGCUAAGUGCAGUGGACAUCAUGCAGACCACUUUCGCUCUCAUGUUCGCGGGGUCUUCGAUCGGCCAGACAGUCCUCUUCUCCUCUGACGCAGGAAAGGCCGAGAAGGCUUCGGAGCGCAUUUUCUACCUGAUCGAUCGCCCGUCGAAAAUCGAUUCUCGAGACCCAGGCGGGAAAGUCAUCGACGCGAAAGACUUCAUGGGACACGUUCGAGUCGAGGAAAUCAAGUUCCGGUAUCCCUCCCGCCCGAACAUUCCGGUGUAUCGACGGCUGUCCUUCGAGAUGAAGCCAGGCGAGACAGUGGCGCUUGUAGGGGCUUCUGGCUGCGGGAAAUCCACGGUUGUUCAGCUCCUCGAGCGAUUCUACGAUUUAGACGGCAACACUGCUGUCCCCGCGGGCUCGGGUUCCGGAAAAGCGGACGCGCGCAGCCCGAAUUGGACUGCCGAGCAGGUCGACAGAGAAAUGAACAACGGCAGAAUUACGCUGGACGGAACGGACAUCCGAGACGUAAACAUUAAAUCCCUUCGCUCUCUCAUGGGCCUGGUUGGACAGGAACCCGUUCUGUUUAGCAUGUCUGUCGAGGAGAACAUCCGCUAUGCCAAGCCUGAUGCCACGCGAGAAGAAGUAGUGCAGGCGGCUAAACUUGCCAAUGCCGAUGGCUUCAUUUCGACCUUCCCUCACGGAUAUGAGACGCAAGUCGGAAAAGGCGGAAGUCAGCUCUCGGGUGGCCAGAAACAAAGAAUCGCUAUCGCACGGGCUCUGCUCACACAGCCUCGAAUGCUGAUUUUGGAUGAGGCAACGUCCGCCCUCGACGCUGAAAGCGAGCGCGUUGUUCAGGCCACCCUGGACAACGUUAUCGCGACGAAGGAUCGGGUGACUCUCAUGAUUGCCCAUCGGCUUUCCACCGUUCGAGACGCCGACAAAAUCGUCGUCCUUAGCAACGAAGACAAAUGCGGAAGCCAAGUUGUGGAGGUGGGGACGCACGACGAGCUUAUGAAGAUUCCCAAUGGGGUGUACCGACACCUGGUGAAGGUUGCAGAAGGAAAGAACUGA